CUUUGAGGGCGGCCCUUCCGGUCGGCGGAGCCUGGCGGCUGGAGCGGCGGCGGCGGUGGUGGCGCCCGAGACGCGGGGAUGGCGGGCGCCGGGGGCGAAGCCCGGUUCGCGGGGCUGUCGCUGGUGCAGCUUAACGACCUGCUGGAGGACGAGGGGCAGCUGGCGGAGAUGGUGCAGAAGAUGGAGGAGACCCAGAACAUUCAGCUGAGCAAAGAGAUGACACUGGCCAGCAACCGGAGCCUGGCGGAGGGGAACCUCCUGUUCCAGCCCCGGCUGGACGCGCUGAAGGCCGGGCUGACCCAGAAGUACCAGGAGCUGCGGGUGCUCUUCGAGGCCUACCAGCUGAAGAAGACCAAAUUAGACAGCCAGCCCAGCAGCGCUUCCCUGGAGACCCUGCUCGCACUCCUUCAGGCGGAAGGAGCCAAGAUUGAGGAGGACACGGAGAACAUGGCGGAGAAGUUUCUCGAUGGGGAGCUUCCUCUGGACGCCUUCAUUGACGUCUACCAGAGCCAGCGGAAACUGGCCCACGUGCGGAGAGUCAAGAUCGAGAAGCUCCAGGAGAUGGUGCUGAGGAGGCCGAGGCUGCCGCCGGCCCCAGCCCCGCUGCUGCUGCCCAGGGCGGCUGAGCCUGCGCCCGCCUCCCCGCUGCCCUGCCCCGCCCCGGAGGCCAGCGGGGCCCCCUCCGUGAUGCCACGGCGCAUCCCGCCCCCAGUGCCUGCAGGACGCUUAGCCACACCCUUCACCGCUGCCAUGGGAUCGGCACAGGCCUCCGCGUACCCAGGACCGCUGUGCCCUCCCCUGCCCCCCCGUGUGGGCCUGCCCCUCCAGCAAGGAUUCUCUGCGCAGUUCGUGUCGCCGUUCCCACCACCACUCCCCCAGAGACCCCCUCCUCGGCUGCCUCACCAGCCAGGCUUCAUCCUGCAGUGAGGGGCUGAGUCCGGCCGGGAGACGCCGCACUCAGGAGGCCAGAACGGCUGGGCGGCGGUGGUGAGGGCCUCGGGGCCCUGGUUCGUGCCCCAGCCUCCGCCUGGCCCCGACCUUGAGCCAGUUUGCAAUCUCCAUGUGGUUUCUGAGUCUUGUGUUGGUGAACUCGUGAACCCGGGAGCCGCACCCCCCCAGAGUCGUGGCCUCCCAUUGCACGGCUCCCCGUUUCUGCUUUGUUUUUAAGACGGUUGCUGCCCCAGCCUGUCACAGCCGGGAAGGUGCUCGUGGAGUCUGUGGGGCCGCCCCUCCCCCAGACCGGGACCUCCUCAAAGCCACAGACAGGGUUUGUGCUUGGCCCACUGCCAUGUCCAGGGCCAGCCCGCGGGCGGGGGGCCGGACUUUGCACAGCAGCUGCGGCCCGGCCCCUCCGGUCUCGCCCGCCUCCGCCAGCCCCAGGGUUUCUACGAAGUAGUGCUCCAAUAUUUUUACAUGUGGGUGAUUUUCCUGUUUUAUAUUGGGAAAGAAAACUUUUUUGACACAAGACCAUUCAGGGAAACUUUAUAAAAACAUUGUUUUGAGCAGCUCUAAACGCAGAUGGCGUGAAUGCAAUUUCUUGUCUCAGAAGCAGUGCGUGGUUCCACCGGCGACCCGCGGGCCCAUGGUGUGUGCCUUAGCUUCGCCUGGUGCCGGGGAGGGGCUGCCCCCGCGCCCCGCAGGCCCCGCCCGCCCCGCCCCAGCGCCUCCGGCUCUGCGUUCAGGGAGGGCUUGGUGCAGGCGGAGGAGCAGCCCACCCCCUGGACCGGGAACCCCUCAGCCACUCUCCCCUGCAGUCACAGUGGGGGCAGGGACCCGGCAGGAGGGAGGUCGCCCCACAGAAGAGGGUGCCAACAAACUAGGCCGCUCCCCCUGCCUCUCUGGGAGCCCGUCUAGGGGUGCCACGCGUGCUGAAUUCAGCCUGGUGCAAGCGAGUUACCACCUGCUGUUGACAGGCUGGUGCUCAGCUGUGGCCACACCCCGGCCCCCUGUGAGGCCACAGUAAAAGCAGAGCUCUUACUAAUAGCCUGUCCUGGUGGGGCCGCCAGCCUCUGUACCCCAUUUCCACCCAGUUCUGCUCCUGGACUUGAACUCUACUGUGUUGUGACGGUUUUGAAAGAAAACAAAGCUGGAAAGGACAACGUACUAGCACGCCAAUCCGGCCUGCCACAUGUCGCGGGUCUCGGGGCAGCGCCGCUCGCCCCGAUACCUCCCGCUGUUCGUCGCAGGGCGCAGCCCGCCGCGCCACUCCGUGCAGACGUGGGGGAGGGGCUGCCCGGUCCUGCCGGCCUCACCGUCUCUGCAGGGCCGAGGCUGUAACAUGUAGGACCCUUUUUAAUAAAUAGAGAAUUAUGAA